CUGCGGUUGUUUCCCACACAGAGGAGCUCUCUCAUGGAGUGACUUGCUGGGCCUUCAGGCAGCCAUGGAGGAUAAACCAUCUGUCUGGGGCUCUUUGAAACAGCGGACCAGGCCUUUGUUAAUCAACUUGAGCAAGAGGAGGGUGAAAAAGAACCGGAACCAGCCCCUAGACCUACAGGCAAGGCGUUCCCUGGACCGCCGCCUCAGCCUCUCUGUCCCUGACCUCUUGGAGGCUGAGGCCUUGGCCCCAGAGGGCAGGCCUUAUUCUGGGCCCCAGUCAUCCUACAUCUCGGUGCCCAGCAGCCUGUCGACAGCGGGGAUCUUGCCCAAGAGCAGCAGUAGCUCCUUGAAACAGUCUGAGGAGGAAUUGGACUGGAACCAGGAAGAAGCAGGCUACCUCCGUGUGGUGGAAACGGACUCCGAGGAGGCCUAUGCCUCUCCCUCCGAGGACAGGAGGCCUUCCAGCAAUGGCAUCCUGGAUCUGCUGCAGAAGACACCGGCUGGAGAGGAGGCCCUGGAGGAGCCAGAGAAGCUAUGUGAAAGUGGCGAUCUGAAUGCUUCUCUGACAUCCCAACAAUUUGAAGAACAAUCUAUGUUUGGGGAAGCCGGCGAUGGCUUGAGUAACCUGCCCAGUCCUUUUGCCUACCUCCUCACCAUCCACCUGAAGGAAGGCCGGAACCUGGUCAUCCGGGACCGCUGUGGCACAAGUGAUCCCUAUGUGAAAUUUAAGCUGAACGGGAAGACGCUGUACAAAAGUAAAGUCAUAUAUAAGAACUUGAACCCAGUUUGGGAUGAGAUAGUUGUACUUCCCAUUCAGAGCCUUGAUCAAAAGCUCCGUGUGAAGGUAUAUGACCGAGAUUUAACUACAUCUGAUUUCAUGGGUUCUGCCUUUGUCGUUCUCAGAGACCUUGAGCUUAACAGAACGACUGAACAUAUUUUAAAAUUGGAAGAUCCAAACAGUUUAGAAGAGGACAUGGGGGUGAUUGUGUUAAAUUUGAGCCUAGUUGUAAAACAGGGUGAUUUCAAGAGACAUCGUUGGUCAAGUCGGAAGCGGUUGAGUGCCAGCAAGUCCUCUUUGAUACGUAACCUGCGGCUCUCAGAGUCCCUGAGAAAGAACCAACUCUGGAACGGGAUUAUAAGUAUAACGUUGUUAGAAGGAAAGGAUGUCGCAGGAGGAAGCAUGACAGAGAUGUUUGUCCAGUUAAAACUGGGAGAUCAGAGGUAUAAAAGUAAGACACUGUGUAAGAGUGCAAAUCCGCAGUGGCGGGAACAGUUUGACUUUCACUACUUCUCUGACAGGAUGGGCAUUUUGGACAUUGAAGUGUGGGGAAAAGACAGCAGAAAGCACGAGGAGCGUCUGGGCACGUGCAAAGUGGAUAUCUCAGCCCUCCCUCUCAAGCAAGCUAACUGCUUGGAGCUGCCGCUGGAGAGCUGCCUGGGGGCUCUCCUGAUGUUGAUCACACUUACUCCCUGUGCCGGAGUCUCGGUCUCAGAUCUGUGUGUGUGCCCCUUGGCAGACCCCGGCGAGAGAAAGCAGAUUGCCCAGCGAUACUGCUUCCAGAAUUCUCUGAAAGAUAUGAAGGAUGUCGGCAUUUUACAAGUGAAGGUUUUAAAGGCGGUAGAUCUCCUAGCAGCAGAUUUCUCAGGGAAGAGUGAUCCUUUUUGCCUGUUGGAGUUAGGCAACGACCGACUUCAGACACACACCAUCUACAAAAACCUCAACCCCGAGUGGAACAAAGUUUUUACCUUUCCUAUUAAAGAUAUCCAUGAUGUUUUGGAAGUGACAGUCUUUGAUGAAGAUGGAGAUAAACCUCCUGAUUUUCUUGGAAAAGUUGCCAUUCCCUUGCUGUCCAUUCGAGAUGGACAACCAAAUUGCUACGUGUUGAAGAAUAAAGAUUUAGAACAAGCUUUUAAAGGAGCUAUUUACUUGGAAAUGGACCUCAUAUAUAACCCGGUCAAAGCAAGUAUUAGGACUUUUACUCCCAAAGAAAAGCGCUUUGUUGAAGAUACCCGCAAGCUGUCCAAGAAGAUCUUAUCGAGGGAUAUAGACCGUGUGAAAAGAAUCACCAUGGCGAUGUGGAAUACAAUACAGUUCCUUAAAAGCUGCUUCCAGUGGGAAUCCACGGGGAGAAGUGCCAUUGCAUUCGUGGUAUUUUUAGUCACUGUCUGGAAUUUUGAACUGUACAUGAUCCCCCUGGUGUUACUGCUACUGUUCAUCUACAAUUUCAUCACACCCACAAAAGGGAAGGUUGGCAGCAUCCAGGACAGCCAGGAGAGCACAGACUUGGAGGAAGAGGAGGAUGAAGAGGACAAGGAAUCCGAGAAAAAGGGCUUAAUUGAGAGAAUCUAUAUGGUACAGGAUAUUGUUUCAACUGUUCAAAACAUCUUGGAGGAAGUAGCUUCGUUUGGAGAAAGAAUUAAAAACACGUUUAACUGGACGGUCCCGUUCCUCUCAUUCCUGGCCUGUCUGAUCCUGGCAGUGGCCACCAUCAUUUUGUAUUUUAUUCCACUCCGCUACAUCGUUUUAAUCUGGGGCAUAAAUAAAUUCACCAAGAAGCUUCGAAAUCCCUAUGCCAUCGACAAUAAUGAGCUGCUAGACUUCCUCUCCAGGGUACCGUCUGAUGUUCAAAAGGUGCAGUACGCAGAAUUGAAACCCUGCAGCAGCCAGAGCCCCCUUCGGAAGAAGCGCAGUGCUCUCUAGGACUCAGGCCAACCUUGGACACCAGCGCCCGAUUCCCUGUUGGGUUGAUUAGACCAACACUAUCUCUGUUUCCGAGGUGGUACCCGUGGUGUCAUUCUGGAAUGCGUGCUGCGUGGAGCCCUCCCUGUGCCCUCCCUGCUUCUCCACGUGCACCCAUGCACACACACGUGCUCACACCCACACGCAUGGGUGUGCUAGUUGCUUAGAAGCUUGGCCCAUCCCAAGGAAACAAUCUAGGGACCGUGAAAGACUGAGGUCCCUUCUCAGAUAGGAGGUAAAGCAAGGUGGCCAGGGGUCUGAAUGGCCUCUUUGAGAAGGGCUGGGGGACCACCUGGAUGCAAGAGUGACCCUGAACUUGUUUUCCUACCUCCAACAGAUGCUCCUUAAGAUUCAGUUAUUUUUCACUCCUGUUUCACACACUCCUUUCUGAUUAUUGUGCAUGUGAGUCAGUUUCCUUCUCUGAGUCCACAAGUCUGAUAGUAACCAUCAUCUCCCCAACUAAUGUCUCUUAGAAGUAGAUUUUUUAAUAAUUACCAGGCGUAGCCCGAACCUUUGGGCGUCCUUCCACCAUGAUUACUGAAGACAUGUGUACAAUGGCGGUCAGCUCCCCGGUGCUGGACACCAGCCUGUGGUGUAGUCCUUUGCGGGCAGUGGAAGCCCCGGGAAGGUCGGAAGGGACCACUCAUCCAAAAAGUGAAGCUUUCGUGGGAGUAUUUGGUUGCCUUACAAACGCCAUGUCUUCCGACUUGACUUUGCUUAUUUCCAAAAUAAAAUGUUGACAUUAGCGCUUGAGAGAGAGGAUGAAUGAACGGAUUCUGAGAGUAUUUAGGAAAACGGAUGAAGGCGGAGGAGCAAGGGACUAAUGACUAUGGCUUCUUCACCUGAUUGUCAUAAUCACUAUAUUUGCCCGAAUUUCUGAGCAGAAAGUAAAAUUAACUCAGCCAUCCAAAUCGAUCUUUUGUUUCUGAACAAGAUAGGCUAGACAUAAUGCAUCUAUAUCUCAGAACCCCAUUUCUAGAAAAACGCCACCCCAAGAUCCUCUUGAAGAAUAGCUGAUUCCUGCAGACCCCACC